AGUGACAGCAUCACUUGCUCUUUCAGGAAGAGACGCAUCACCGCCAGAGCACUGACAACAGCGGGGACAGUGGCAAAAACAACGGCACAAACUGCAACGUGUUUUCGUAGGUGGACUUCAUAUCAAAAAGGACAAAUGAAGUGACCAACAGGAUAUGAUGUCAUCAUUCCAGGUGGUGGACUCGUCGCCAGGCAGCAGCGUCUGCGUCAUGGAAACGUCUAACUUUGCCCACGUCAUCUUCCAGAACGUGGGGAAGAGUUUCCUACCCCAGGCGCCACUGGAGUGUCGCUACACUCUGACCCCUUACAUUACUCCUCACCCCAAAGACUGGGUGGGCAUCUUCAAGGUUGGCUGGAGCACGGCUAGAGAUUAUUACACCUUCCUCUGGUCUCCCAUGCCUGAGAACUAUGAACCAGGAAGCACUGUGCACAGGACUGUGGUGUUUCAAGGCUACUACGUUCCCAAGUCAGAUGGAGAGUUCUAUCAGUUCUGUUACGUCACGCACACCGGUGACAUCAGAGGUGCGAGCACGCCCUUCUUGUUCAGGCCGGCCACUCCCACCGAAGAGCUGCUGACUGUCACUGAGGAUGAUAGCAACUCAGAUAUCCUGGUUGUUACCACUAAGACUGGCCUGCUGGAGCGCGUAGAGGAGGCGCAGCAGGAGCGCAGGGAGCUGCUGAAGGCCAUGCGCGUCCUACAGGAGGAGAAACAGCAGCUGCAGGAGGAGCAGAAGCGACUGACCAGGGAGAGGGAGCAGGAGAGGGAGACAUGCUGCCUGCUGCGGACACACAACCAGGAACUGCUGCGCUCAUCACAGGGCCUGUCAGAGGAGAGGGAGGAGGUGAGGAGGAGGCUGACAGAGGCCACGGACCGGGUGCGUCAGCUGGAGGAGGACCUGCUGGGAGUCACCCAGAGAGGCCUGCAAAAAGAGACAGAGCUGGACUGUCUGCGUGACCGUCUGAAGAAACUGACGGCAGAGAGGGACAGCCUGGAGAGCCAGCUGAAGAAUGAGAAGGAUGAAAGAGAUCUGUACAAGGCCCACCUGCGCAGCACCGAGCUGGAGAACACCAAGCUGAGCGCAGAGCUGCAGAUGCUGAAGGCAGUGGAGCUUAACCGUGAGGUGACCAUCGCCCAGUUCCAGGAGGAGCUGGAGAGGCUUAGGGCCUGCGUGGCCCAGCGGGACAGCCUGGAGAAGGAACUACUGGCACACCAGGCUGACAAGGCAGAGCUGGCCCGUGUGCGUGAGCAGCUCCGUCAGGCUGAGGAGCAGCUUCAGGCGUCCCGGCAGCAGGCCUCCCUGCUGGCCUCAGAGCUCCGCGACUCGGCCAGUGCCCGGGACCACACCAUGACUGAGCUGUACCGUGCCCGCCUGGAGGCCGACAAGCUCCGCGCCAGCCUGGCCGAUGCCCAGGCCGAGUGCCAACGUAUAGAGAGCCAGUUAGACCGCAUGAGGAGCGCUGCGCAGAAGGAAGUGGGUGUGGGGACGUGUGGAGAGGCGAUGCCCAGCAUGGUGGUGGUGUCGGAGGCCGAGGCCGAGCUGCAGAGGGAGGUGGAGGAGCUGAAGCUGCGUCUCCACAUGGCCGCAGAGCACUAUAAGGAGAAGUACAGGGAGUGCCAGCGGCUUCGCAGGCAGGUGGCCAAACUCAACGAGUCACAGGGGGAGCCAAAGAGGAAUGCAGCCACUGAGACAACACAGGAGCCAGUGAUCCCUAGUCCAGAGUCACCCACAGCAGAGAGUAUUGCUACUGCAGUCCUACAAGAAGCCACAGUAAUGACAAUCACUCCAGACCUCAACACUCCAGAACCCGAACACAGUGAUACACACACCGGCACAGAGGAGGAAGAAGAGGAGGAGGAGGAGGAGGAGGAGGAGGAGGAGGAAGAGAGACACGGAGAAGAAUCAAGUAAGGAUGGCGCCGUGGGGGAGGCUGAGAGACAAGUAAGCCUGGAAGAGGACAGGGAGAAAGAACUGAACGUUGAAAAAGAGGAGAAGAGUGAGAGCCUGCCAGAGGAGAGCCUGAGGAUGGCAAGCUGGGUGGAGGUGGAGAACGAGAGGCAGAGCGCCAAGGAGAGCGGAGAGGCAGGAAAGGAGAAGGAGGCAGAGGAAGCGAGGGACGACGCGGAGGUGGAGGUGCUGGGGGAGGUGGAGGUGAGGAGCGCGGACGAGGCAGAGCAGGAUCAGACUCGCUCGGUGGAGGAGGAGCUGGCGAUGAUGGAAGAGAAGUGGAGGGAGCAGUGUGCCAUCAACGAGACGCUCAAACAGCGGUUGGCCAGUGAGGAGGAGCGCUUCAGAGUACAGAUGGCAGAGCGAGCCAGCGAAGUGACAGAGCUGAAACGCAACCUGGCCCAGGCCCUUCGAGACAAAGAGCAACUACAGGAGGAGCUGCAGCGCUAUGUGUCCAGACAGAGGGUGCAGGAGGCUGGGGUUCAGGGUGCCGAGGUCAGGCAGCCUGUGGUGCUGCGCUACCCGCUGCCCUACCCCCAGGAUCCCUCCCCUCCACCCCUGGUGCCACACAGGCCUGCUGAGCUGCAGUACGGCAACCCUUAUUCCACCAACACCACACGAGAUGGGGCAGACGGGGCACUGUCCCCUGACCAGAUGUCCCGUCCUCCUCCUGAGGCCCCACCCUGCACCCCUCCCUGUGCACCCCCUAUCACGCCCCCAAGCCCUGGUCCUGGGGCAGCAGCAUGGGAUGGAGAGGUGGUCUGUAUCCAGCCCUCCCGCAGUAUGAGCCCCCCUGAUGGCCUGGAGCACCCUCCGGAUGAGCCACGCAAUGUGGGUGAUGGGGCCCAGCCACCCUGUGAUCAUCAGUCCAGUAGACGCAAUGAAGCCAGGAGCAGCUUCUGCUUCGACUCCAGUAACGAAGUUCACAAGCGCUGCCCGUUGUGCGAAGUGAUCUUCCCUCCCCACUUUGAGCAGCGCAGCUUUGAGCAGCAUGUGGAAAGCCACUGGAAGGUUUGCCCCGUCUGCUCCGAGCAGUUCCCCCUCAACUGCCAGCAGCACCUCUUUGAGAGACAUGUCCUCACACACUUUGACGGCCAUGUGCUCAACUUCGACCAGAUCGAGUAGGAAGGGGUGCGGUGAAUCCGCAGGCCUUUUGAGGGGAGGGGAGGAACUCUGAAUUUUGAGUUUUAGGAAGGCUGUGUGUUUUCAGCAAUUAGUUCAUUUGAAUUGGGUUUUGAUUAAGUCGCUCUGUUAAUAAACAGUCAUUAGCACUUGUAUUGCAAUCUUGACAAAGGUUAGAAAGGAUGUAGGCCACUUCUGGAAGGAAGUGGUGUUUGCCCUUUGGCGGCUACUCCACCAAGGCAUUAAUUGGCUAGGGUAGCCUUUUAGGGUAGUUUUCACCAUAACACACAACGGGUAAGGGACCAUUAACGCUAUGGGGAUAAUGCUGGGCUGCCAUGGCUCUUCCUUUACUUUCAUCUGACUUUGAUCCUCAUCGUUCUGCUUCAAGGGACUAUAGCACCAUUGUUACUGCAUGUGUAUAUAGAGCAUUCAGUUUAACUGAGAAGAGGGAAAUUUCUGACUUCCAAGCUAAAAUAGAUUGUUCUGUCAAGGCAUAAAACUAAGGUUUUAAAAAAAAAAAAAAAAAAAUCAGAAAUCAGAAACUUCCCUUCGGAGUUAACCUGAUUGCUUCUUUAUAAUAAGUAGGAUUUGCUGCAAAAAAGCAGUCAGUCAGUCACUCCUCAUCUUCAUCAUUUCCUUGUCCACGUGAUUCACAGCUGCAGUAAAGGGACACGGAAGUACUUGCAACUAGGAAAGAGAUAUGAUGUUGCCUCCAAGCAUAAAUCCAGAAUUAGAGUCAUUUGAAUGUGUGAUGUCUUUGAAGAGUCGUCUGAUUCUGUAUUUGUGUUUUGAAGCAGAGUGAAGGACAGAGUUAGUGGGGGUGUAGAAGGAGGGAUGGGAAGGGCCAAUGGGAAGUUUUUUUUUUUUUUUUUUUUGACUUGAAUGGGAAGUGAUCUUUGAAUCCCCCCAGGCCACUGUACUACUGUACUUUUGCUGACAAUGUUUUGCAAGCAAAGAUGUUUAAACCAGAACAGCACUACAUUUUCAUGUAUCUGCACUAAAUAAGGCUUUAUUCUGAAUGUAUUGUACAUAUGAAAAGAAGUAUAAGUUGUGGAGAAUCCCGUGUGAACUACUGUUGUUGCCCUGCCUCCCCUCAGUGUGUCCCUCAUUUCACUCAUGUUUUUAGUGAUGACACAAUGAUGGACCAAUGAUAUUUUACUUCCUGGUAUGCACUUCCUCGUCUUUGUUCAGUGGAUAAGAACUUGGACAGGUCUCAUCAUGUGAUUGGAGAGGCGUUUUAAAAUGUUUAAGACGAAUAGACCGCAGGACACUAAAUUAUGGACACUUUCAACCGUUAAAGUACUUUAAUGUUUUUCUAGUCAGAGCUGUGAUGAAAAAAUUUUGUGUGUGCAGGUCCAUGUCAGCCCCCAUGAAUGUAUGUCAUGUGUGUGUGUUUGUGUAUGUGUGCUUACAUACUUUACUUGAGUAGUAUCCAUCCUAUACUUGUCUGUUUUCUUGCCAUCACAAGGUGGCCCAACGGUGUUGCAUUCAGGCUUGAACAAUUGCACAUGCCCAGUAAUCACAAGUCAAAUGUGUGUAUGUCAUGUCUCAAAUACUGCCCUUUCCAUGUGAGAAUGUAAGGACGGUGGUUUAAGCGUGUAUUGCAAAGGUCUUUAUGAAUAAAGUAUGCUUGUCUAAAUGCAUCCACCCGUAA